AUGAGCUCCAAGCGAAGUGGAAUGGCUCUCCAGGACGCCGAGGGAACGUAUGCCAAAGCCGCCAAGGCCGAACUCGAAAAAGAUCUCGAUCGAGCUUUCCGUCUUUACAUCAAGGCCGCCGAAGGCUUUCUAUACAUCAGCCAGUACGCAGCUGACUCCAGCUUGCGCACGACCUCCAGAAAUGAGGCUGCCAAAGCCUUGGAACGUGCAGAGAAGAUCAAGCUCAUCCGGCAAGAUCUCACUCCCGUCAUCAAGAACCAUUUUUCCGACCAGGAACAAAUACACGUUCUCAAGAAAUCCUCCACCGUCAACAAUAUUCGUCUGCCGCUUUGGGAUGAAGAUUGCCCGGACGACUUAUCGCAGCCCAAUUUCUCUCCUGACCAGCAGCAGCAUUCUGCAUCAUGGAGACGAAUAGGAGCUGGGACAAACGUUUAUUCUUCCUCGUUGCUCCUUCUUCCGCAAGACAUCAUUCAACACAUCAUAUCUGACUGCUCUGUCUGUGGCUCCAUUGCAAUUUGUAUCAACCAUCAUCGGCGGUUCAAUUCGAAGAUAGGAUUGUCAAGCUUCUAUCCACAAGCACCUGAAGGCGUACCACGUCACUCAGAUGCAGGGUAUUAUUGGCUCCGAGUGUACUUCAAUGGCGCCCUUCGACGUGUCAAAGUAGAUGAUCAAUUGCCAAUGUAUCCAGACGGCACUCUCAUGUGUAUGUCGACGGGCGAUAAGCUCCAAUUAUGGCCACUACUCGUGGAGAAGGCCUACAUGAAAUUAAUGGGUGGAUAUGACUUCCCUGGGUCAAAUUCAAGCUUCGACUUGCACGCAUUAGCGGGCUGGAUACCAGAUCAUGUAGACUUGAGAAGCCCGUUCCAUCAACGAGAAAAAACAUGGUCCCGCGUACUAGCUGGAUUUGCUCGAGGACACUGUAUUUUCACUGUAGGCACAGGGACAAGACUUGUUGUUCCGAAAUGGUCAUCGUUCACCUUGUUACCGGCUCAUUGUUACGCAGUUAUCGACAUGCAAGACUCAGACGGUGAUCGAACGCUGACUGUUCUCGACUCGUGGGUUCAGUCUCAACGGACUAUAAACGACCCGGAGAAAUCGGACAACAGAGUCUCAGAAUCGCACACCCAACACGAUCAGCCACGAACCUUGAACAUCUCAUGGGAUGCGAUACAUGAUAUCUUCGACGGUAUUUACCUCAGUUGGGAUCCUGGGAUAUUUCGUCAUCAGUUAUUCUUCCAUGGUAUGUGGAAAUCGAACAUUCCAGGGUACGCACAUAGGGUCGCACAUUUUCCAUUGCGAUUGCGUACGCAGCAAGGUCGUAGCAUACAAGGUAGCCGCGAUGUCUGGAUCUUGCUCAGCCGCCAUGUUACGGACAUCAGUCGAAAGUCGGAGUACAUAGCUCUACUCGUCACCAGCGGAAACGAGACAACUCCCGCUCUAGAGAAUCCCAGUAUAUCGAAACUUCAGGGCGAAUAUUCCACUGGAAUGCACGUUCUCGUGAAAACGCAACUUAGUACUUCGACCACCAUACUCUCCCUUGUUGCCUCAUAUGAUGGCGACUUUGAGGACGUUGGCUUCACCGUUACCGCGUACUCUAAUGUUGCUCUGUCAUGGAUCGAAGACUCCUCGAACGCACCGUAUAGCAAGCAGAUCGAUGGUGCAUUCACGACCAAGUGCGCUGGAGGAAAUUACAGCUAUCAGACGUUCCUCACCAAUCCUCAGUACCAUCUGCGAAUACACUCCACCGAAGAGUCGUCCGUUGGCCCUAUUGGGAGUUCUAAGGCGCGGAUAUCGGUGGUCCUCCAAGCAUGCCGGAAGCUACCCAUGAAUGCCACUCUCGUUUGGUCUCAGGGAGAUCGAGUGACCGAGUUUGGACGCAACGAUGUCGCACUUUCUUCUGGCCCAUACAGUUACGGCUACGCACAGGGAACUAGCGAUUUGCCUGUGGGUGAUUAUACUCUGAUCGUGUCUACAUUCGAGCCGCAGCAGCUGGGAAAAUUUUCAUUGAAAGUCGAAAGCUCUCACCGUAUAGAGCUCACUCCAAUUCCGCAAGAGGGUGCUGGGAUGUUCAACAAAGUUAUCCAUGGCGCGUGGACUGUCGAAACAGCAGCAGGUAGUCCGAGCUUCAAUCAGUACUCGUCAAAUCCCAAGUAUGAGAUCAAGCUGGAGACAUCGAGCCAACUCAAGAUCCGUCUUCAACUGGACAAACUUUCUUCGACCACUUCCGCGAAUAUCACCCUCUUCCGCUCAACGGAGCAGUUGCCGAUGAGCGUACUUGUUGCUACAUCGGGACCAUACUCAGACGCAGUCUCUGGAGUCGUUACUCCGCAGAUGAAGCUCCAGCCUGGGACGUAUCUUGCCGUUCCAUCCACAUACAACCCAGGGAUAGAAGGGUCAUUCACAUUGAACAUCUACAGUACGAGUGCAGUGAAGGUCACACCGGGAUGA